AUGUCCGCCACGCAGGCUGCGAUAACAGACACCACCACCGCCACCACCACCACGGCCGCUGGCGGCGCCGGCCACCGGAAGACGGCAUGGCAGCCACUGCACCCUGACGUCCGCCCGAGGCUCGACCCGCAGUACGUCAAGCUUCACGACGAGGAGCUGCAGUACUUUUUCCCCGAUCAUGAGAGGCAGUGGGACCCGGCCAUCCGCCAAGGCUCGCCCAACACGCCGCUCGGCCUAGGCCCCGUGGCCGUCGGGGCCGUCGAGACGUUCGACCUGGGCCUGUUCCAAAUCCGCGCAUUCACGCCUAGCACCCAGGGCCCGUCCGACUCGCCCCGCCCGGGCGCGGGGUGGCCGCUUUUUGUUUGGUUCCACGGCGGCGGCUUCGCCUUGGGCGACCUCGGCAGCGACUUGGACAUUAUUACUCGCAUCUGCCAAGAAUCACAAUGUGUUGUGGCUAGUAUUGGCUACCGCUUAGCACCAGAGCACAAGUACCCCGCAUCCAUCGAGGACAGCGUCGCCGCGCUACGCUGGCUACUCUCGCCCGAAGACGGAGUCGCGAAGCUGGGCCUCGACCGAACACGCUUCGCACUGGGUGGUGCCUCGGCAGGUGCCCUCCUUGCCGUCUCGGCGGCCCUCCACUGCGCCCAGGACGCCGACCCGGACGUUCGCCCGUCGCUGCAGGUGCUGAUCGUGCCCGUGGUCGAUAAUACGGCCCAGCCUAACGGCGAGCGCUGGUCCGUCAACGGGCCCACGGCCCCGGGCCUCACCCCGACCCGCAUGCUCUGGUACCGCAACAUGUGGCUCAACUCGCCCGCCGACGCGCUCAACUGGGACGCCAGCGUCGACCGCGCCCCGCCCGAGCUUAUCGCCCGCCUGCCGCCGUCCUUUGUCGCCAUUGCCGACCAGGACCUGCUCGCGCCCGAGGGCGAGCAGUUUGCGGACCUCAUGGCCGCCGCCGGCGUCCCGGUCGAGAAGAAGAUCUACAAGGGCUGCACGCACGCCCUGCUAGCAUAUUCCGGAAAGAUGGACAAGUCGAAGGAGCUGCUUUAUGACUGCGUGCAUCGUAUCAGAGACGCGCUUCAUCCCUGA